AUGGGUAAGCUGCGCGGACCUGCUACUUCAAAGAAGAGGAAGGUGUCGCUGCCGCCACCGGCCGCGACACCGGGAGCUCCAGAUCUGCCGAAUCCUAGGUCGACGGAGAGACCGCCGGCCGCCGGAGCGGACGACGAUCGCAUCAGCCGCCUCGAUGACGACAACCUCCGCCACAUCGUUUCCCUCCUCCCCAUCAAGGACGGCGCCCGCACCCAGGCCCUCGCGUCCCGCUGGCGCCACCUCUGGCGCACCGCCCCUCUCAACCUCGACUACCGCGAGUUCCCUACCAUCGCCCCCCGCAUCCGCAUCAUCUCGGACAUCCUCGCCUCCCACCCGGGACCCGGCCGCCGCUUCCGCGUCGAUCCCUUCUACCUCCACGUCCCGGAAGCCACCGUCGACGCCUGGCUCCGGUCCGCCGCUCUGGACAAUCUGCAGGAGCUCUACAUCGGGUCUCUUACAGAAAUCGAGCCGCUGCCGGCGUCCGCCUUCCGCUUCUCGGCCACCCUCCUUGUUGCCACCUUCAGACAUUGCACACUCCCUGACGACAUCGUCCAAGGGCUUCACUUCCCCCUGCUUAAGCAGCUCGGACUUGAGACCGUCACCAUCAGCGAGCUUGCGCUGCACAACUUGAUUGCCGCAAAGACACCUGCUCUUGAAUGCUUGCUCAUUAACAAAUGCGUCGGCCUCCGUCGUGUCCGGAUCAUCUCCCUUAGCCUUACAAGCAUUGGUGUCCGUCCUGAACAGUAUAACCCCUUGUUUGAGGAACUCGUCAUCGAGAAUGCCCCGUGUCUUCAAAGGUUGCUCCACCUUGAAUUCGCCAGUGGUAUCCGUGUAACCGUAGUCUCCGCGCCUAAACUCGAGACCUUAGGCUGCCUUUCUGAUGUCACCCUGCCUACACUGGCGGAAGUCCGCAGCGGUAUUACUAGAGAGUUUUCUAACCCGGAUCAGGAUCGCCUCCCAAAGUUUGUGUUCGGCUCCACAGUUAUUCAGGGAUCACGUGUCGAUAAGCUGACAACAGCGGUGCGCACGGUCAAGAUCUUGGCUGUUCGUAUGGGAAUUCUUAGUCUCGAUAGAGUUAUCGAGUUGAUGAGUUGCUUUCCAUCCUUGGAGAAGCUCUACAUUCAGGUGAUGAUUCGUUGUCCACUACUCAUUUUUGAUCUACUUACUGAUCUGAAAUGGUGAUGUUACAUUUCUCCAUCUUCUUCUUCAGGCACGGUCUCAAGGGGAAAACAAUGCGUGUCGUCGAAAACACAAGAAUUUCAUCAGACGGUUUGAUAUCCGUGUAAAGACGAUAGCAUUGGAAUGUUAUGAGGGCUAUAAGUCUGAAGUCAACUUUGCCAAAUUCUUUGUACUGAACGCAAAAGCGCUGGAGUUGAUGACAUUUCACAUUCACCCUGAUCUUAACAGGGAGGAGUUUUUUUCAGAACAGAGCAGAGAGCUUCAGCUGGAGAAAAGGGCUUCCAAAGCUGCUCAGUUUCAAUUCAGAUUCACUAGAUGUGUCCGCAAUGCUGACACUAUACAUGAUGUGCGUGAUUUGGAUUUAACUGAUCCAUUCACAUGCUGAUAGUGAAGCCCGCUUUGGUCCAUUUGGAGCUUUUCUUGCCAAAAAGACCUGUUCGAAAUAUUGAGGACUGAUCACCAAUGGUAGCUACA